AGACAGUGAAGCAGUGAUGGAGCUCAGCGGAGGCGGAGUCUGAAGCGCUGCUCGUUUUAUAAGAUGAAGAGACACGACCGCCCGCACAGCAGCACGACCACGCUUCAAAACUACUGGACAGCGCAGUUCGUUACAGAGCUCUGUGUGAAUCAUGGACGAGGACUUUGAUUUUGAGCGUCGCAGAGAGUUACGGAGACAAAAGCGAGAAGAGAUGCAGCGGGAGGCAGAGAAGAUGAACUCUCAUGAUGAUGAUGAGGAAGCGGCCCGAGAGCGCCGGAGACGAGCCCGUCAGGAACGCCUGCGCAAUAUGGAAAAUGAAGAGUCGAAUAACACUGCAACAGAAACAAACAGUACAGCGACGUCCUCCUUGAUCACUACCUCUGCACCAGCUGAGGAUGAUGAUCAGGCUCUCUUAGAGAGGAUCGCCAGGAGAGAAGAGCGCAGACAGAAAAGGAUGAAAGAAGCUUUGGAGAGACAGAAGGAUCUUGAUCCCACCAUCACGGAUGAAACAUUCACCGCCACAGAGGAUGAUACAAGUGGAAGAAAUGGUGAACAAGAUUCCUCCCAAAAUGAUGUUUCUUCAACAGAAUCUAAUUCUUGGAAGGAAAGGGAAGAGAAAAAAGAGGAAGAAAAGACAGAGGAAAGUAGCACUGAAGUUGAGGAAGCAAUCACAAAAUUAGAGGAUCCAGUGCCAGUCCCAGCAGCAGAAGAACCCAAAGAAUCUCCUGAGAAGACUGAUGAACCAAAAGAGGAAGACAGACCGCAGAGGUCCUACCUCAGAGAACAGAAAUCCACAGAGGAGAAACCCAAAGAACCAGCUGGAUUGAAUGAGGAAGAAACUAAUAUAGAGACUAAAGAACAAACAAACGCAGGUUUAGUCAGCGCAGAAUUAGAAAAGAAAGAGUUUGAAGAUGAAAGUCAAAUAUUGGGAAAAGAACUAACAAAAGAUGACCAGAUAGAGGUAGAAGCCAUAGUGCAGCCAACUACACCACAGACUGAAGAGGAAAAACUGGUGAAGAAAGAAGAACCGGUAAAGAAAUCUGAAGAAAAACCUGUUGUGGUGAAGGUUCAACUUCAGGAUAAAGCUCCAGUGAAAAAGGAAGAUGAAAAAACUAUAAAAGAGCAAGAUAAACCCCAUGUGCAUAUUGAAGAACCACCAAAAAAAUCAAUUAGGGAAGUUGAGGUGAAGGCCAAACCCAAAAAGAAAGAAGAGGAGAAACCACAGCUGAAGAAGGAGCUUCAAGAAAACCAAUCAACACCAAAGAAGAAGGCUGAGGAGAAACCUGUGGCUCCAAAGAAAGAGGUUGAGGAAAAGCCUAAAUGGAAGAAAGAAGCUGAAGAAACGAAAGUCAAAACAGAAGAAAAAGUCAGAUCAAAGAAGGAGGAGGUUGUACAGGAAAAACCAAAACCUUCCUUUUUACGUGACAAACUAAAAGUGUCAACAAAGCCGCAAGAUGUAGCUGACAGCAUCGCCAAAGCCAAGAAACCAGAGAAGACACUAAGUCCCACCAGCUUGCGUUCUCCUGACACAGAAAAGCAAGAUCCCAUCGCCAAGCUGGAGGCAGAACGCAAGCUGCAGGAGCUAAAGCGCAGACGGAACGAGACGGACAGCGAGGUGCUGGAGAAGAUGAAGCAGAAGCAGCAAACUGCGGAGGCCGAGCUCGAGCAGCUGAAGAAGAAGAGGGAGGAAAGGAGGAAGAUUAUUGAGGAGGAAGAGAAGCAGAAGAAACAGCAGUUGGCAGAAAAGAAAGCCAAAGACGAGGAAGAGAGGAGGAAAAUGAAAGAAGAGAUUGAGCGAAGGAGAGCAGAGGCAGCGGAGAAAAAAAAACAAAAGGAAGAGUCGAAAGAAGGGAGCAAAGCACCUUUCAUCGCUCCGAAGGGUGCUUCCGCAAAGAUUGGAGAGAAAGCCGAAUUUCUAAACAAAUCUGCUCUAAAAAGUCCGGUGAAGACGUCACACACUCCAUUAGUUUGCAAGAUUGGAAACAGAUUAGAGCAAUACACUUCUGCUGUUCAGACUAAAGAAGGGACCAAAUCCCCCAAAUCUCCUGUGGACGUACCGGUGGCUGAAGGCCUGCGGAGCAUCAAGAGUAUGUGGGAGAAGGGGAAUGUUGUCAAUCCCACCCCGAGUCCUGCAAGCCCCCCACCGGUCACCAAGGAAGCAGCUGGUCUGAACAUCGGUGUGGCCGGUCGCAUUAACAGCUGGAAGACCAAGAGUCCAGAGCCCAAGCCUGCUGAACCCAAACCAGCUCCUGAACCAGAAAAACCACCUGCCAAAACAGAGCAAAAGCCAGCCGAGGUCACUAAACCACGUGUCCCGUGGGAAACAAAGGGCUCCACACCUGCCAAGGUGUUCGCAGCCAAGAGUAAAUUCGUCACAAAUGGAACAAGAAAAUGAAGACCUCCGACGGACCCCAGAUCAGCCAAAGAGGAAGAUGAAUCCAUUGAAUGUGCACGAUUUAGAUUUACAAUUUACAUUGGAAAUCGAACGACAACUUAGUACAAAAAAAAAAAAAAUUCAAGUUCGAAAAAAAUUGCCUUUAAACGAUUACAAUGAAUUGCACACAAGCCAAAUAAUAAAUGUAUUGACUAGAGACUUCAUCCAAAAAUUACAAUUCUGUCAAUAAUUGCUCACCCUAAUGUCGUUCCAAACCCGUAAGACUUUCGUUCAUCUUCAGAACACAAAUGAAGAUAUUUUUGAUGAAAUCUGAGAGCUUUCUGAACCUGCAUAACUCAACUGACACGUUCAAGACCCAGAAAGGUAGCAAGGAUAUCGAUAAAAUAGUCCAUGCAACACCGGUGGUUCAACCUUAAUUUUAUAAAGAUACAAAAUUAUUUUUUAUAUAUAAAGAAAACAAAAAUAAAGACUUUAUUUUAUCAGAAAUGUUCCGAAGAUGAACAAAGGUCUUUUGUUAUGAACGAGGGUUAGUAAUGAUUAAUUUUCAUUUUUUGGUGAAUUAUCCCUUUAAUAUCAAACAUAUCAAACAUUAUUAAAAAAAAGUGACAGGUGGAUUUACACCAACACACUGUAGAGUUUGAUUGGACGCAAAUGUUUAAGUGGAAAGUGUUUUCACUUAUCUUUUAAACAUUGAUACACUUAUUUAUUUUGCUUUCAUAACUAUGCAUGAUUAUAUAGUCAAAUUUUAUUAUUUGCAUUCAGCAUUAUUUUGUCGCUACUGUCUGAAACACUUUUUUUAUAAUCUCAUUGUCUUAUUGAAUUAUAUAAAUAAUUUACUUGCAUCAGAAAAUAAUAUGAUAAUAAACAAUUAUAAUAAUAUUACAGCUACCAGUAACCAUUUAAACAAAUGCAGUUGCAUUGACAAAAUUGUCUUUUGUCAAUAGUGUAAACACGUAUAAAGCAUGGUUCAUACAGAAGUCUAAAUUGCCUAAGUUGCCCUAAAUCUGUGUGGGUCAAUCUUGCGAACUGCCAGAUUACAGGGAAUCCUGUUGAAAUGGCUGGAUUUUGCUCAUGAUUAUUUUCCAUAUAUUUGACUCACUGUUUCUUUAAGGCUUGAUUACAGCUUUAUUAACAAAUGUAAAAAAAAAAAUGAUACCUUCCUAUUCCCCCUGUGAAUUUUCAUGUGCAUUGAGAUUGCGAUGACGUGUUGAUUUUGCACUCAUGAUGUAAUGCUCUAUAGCAUGUAUUGUUUUAGGUGUUUGAUCAUGCUUUGCCAAUGCUGUUUUUGCUUUAUGAAUUUGAAUCGUACGCUUUGCAAUUAGAGUCUCAAAGUCAUGCUACAAACACUACGUCUUUACAAUCUUACAGGUGCGGCAUUAUAAAUCACAUUAAAUAUAUCAAUCAAGCAUUUCCUACUAUAACAGUUCAGACUAUCAGUGAUGAACAAUUGUAUUGUCAAACGAGCUUUCACAGUAAAGUAGUGAUACGUGCACA